AUCAAAUUCUAUGCAUUGAACAUGCAGACUAUGCACCAGGAAUGUGCAAUUGUGGAGAAGAAAAUGAAAAGAAAUAUUGUUUUUUCAUUCAAGUACGUAUAAGAGAUUUUCAUCUGAAAAGUCUAAUGGACACUAUGGAUUAUACGGCUCAACAAGCAGAGCGGGAUAUUGAAUAUAUUUCCACAUAUCUUGAAGAAUCGACAACAUUAUCAGUCAAAGUGUUGGAAGACAUAUACAUAAGAGUUAAAGAAUGUGGAUAUGAUUUCGAAUUAAGUGAAUUGGGUCAUUUUAUUGAACAAUCACAAAUCUGGUUUAUACGACUAAUUGAGUUGUGUUUUGAAGUUGCCCAAAAUAUUUGGCCUUCUUCUUACCGUAAUACGGCUAUUAAUAUUUUUGAUAUUGGCGACUUUCUUGGAAAGUGGGAAAAGAGGGCUAGGAGCUGCCUCUCUACAACCGAUCUACCUCCACUCAAUCAGAAACAUUACU